GGCUCGGCACUGUCUCCAGACUCCUUCCUGAUGCAGUUUCCUUGUGCUAGGAUGACAGCUCUGUGCCGGUCCGGUCCGUCCUGCCCCGUGUAAGGGCUGCUGGGGAUUACAUCCAGGACUCUGCAUCCCAGUCAAGCGUUCACUUGCCCAGCACUCAGGGACCCUCUGCUAGGUUGUUCACUGCAAAGGCUGAAAACAUCAGAGGCUUGGGAUCCUUAAAGGAAGUGAGGCAGGCUCAGGGACCUCACAGACAGAGCCAGGGAGGAAAAUGAAGCUCCCGAUUUUCAUAGCAGAUGCGUUCACGGCGACAGCUUUCCGAGGCAAUCCUGCUGCUGUCUGCCUCCUGGAAAACAUACUGGAGGAAGACAACCAUCAGCAAAUUGCCAGGGAAAUGAACCUUUCUGAAACGGCUUUCAUCAGGAAACUGCAGCCGACUGACAACUUCAUACAGAGUUCCUGCUUUGGACUAAGGUGGUUUACGCCCGUGAGUGAGGUCCCGCUGUGCGGUCAUGCCACCCUGGCCUCCGCGGCGGUGCUCUUUCACAAAAUAAAGAACACGAACAGCACUCUAACGUUUGUCACUCUGAGUGGGGAGCUGAAGGCCAGAAAGGCAGAAGAUGGGAUUGUCUUGGACUUUCCUCUCUACCCAACCUUCCCCCAGGACUUCCACGAAGUAGGAGACUUGAUAAAGGCAGCCAUAGGUGACACCCUGGUCCAGGACAUCAGGUACUCUCCGGAUACCCGGAAACUCCUGGUCCGGCUCAGCGAUUCUUAUGACAGGUCCUUUCUAGAGACCCUGAAGGUGAACACGGAGCCUCUGCCUCGGAUUGACAGGACAGGGAGGGUGAAAGGACUCAUUCUCACUCUCAAAGGAGAGCCUGGGGAGCAGGCGGCCCCCUAUGACUUCUACUCCAGAUACUUUGCGCCAUGGGUUGGUUUGCCUGAAGACCCGGUAACAGGAUCUGCGCACACCGUUCUCAGCAGCUACUGGUCCCAGCAGCUCGGGAAGAAAGAGAUGCGAGCCUUUCAGUGUUCCCGCCGAGGAGGGGAACUGAACAUUUCCCUGCGAGCUGAUGGACGAGUUGACAUGAAGGGCGGCGUGGCUAUUGUCUUAGAGGGCACGCUGACGGCCUAGAGGACAUGCUGGCAUCUUAGAGGACACCCUGACAUCUUAGAGGACACGCUGACAUCUUAGAGAACACGCUGACAGCCUAGAGACGCUUAUGCUGGGCUGUGGCCACUGCUCAACACGGUGUUUUCUCUAUAUCAAAAAACCAAACCAACCAAACAACAAAUGCACUGAGCUUCUUUCAUGCCCAGCAGAGUGCCCUCAGUCCUCUCAUGAAGAGCCAGAAGGGAAGAUGUUUGAUGGAAGUGCGUUAGCGUCUCCUGACUCCUUGCCUGAUGGUGAGCUCUCACCUCUGCCUGGGUGUGUAUCUUCAGUAACCCGAAGCAGAGAGUGAUGCGGCCACUUCUUUUUGACUGUGACUGCCAAUCACAGUGAGAGAUCCAUUGAUUAGGCGUGGGCACCUUAGGGUAUUUAUUUCACAGCCAUUUAGAAGUUUUAAUAGCUUUGUGGAAAUGCUGUGAUGCCAAAUCCCUGCCAGAAACAUUUCUUCCCUGCCCCUGAGAUUCCAAAGAUUGACCAAGGUACAGUGCCACCAAAGUUCCCCCAGGCCACCAAUGAGUUAUUGGGCUUGGGGGAGGGGUUACUUAUAGAAGUGCCGGUGUGCCCCCUAAACUGUGACCAGAAAGGCUUUUAUCCAGCAGCGAUGAUGACUUUCCUACAGAAGCAAUGAUGGAGCCCGUUAGUCUUUGCUUUUCUCUAGCCUCUUGCUGAGGCCAUGUACAGUUAAGGCCUCAGGAGAUAGGGAAGUGGCUGGGUGCUCAGGCUGGGUGCUCAGAUGAGGCUCCUGCGACUCCCCCACCCCGCCCUCUGUGAGGAGAAGCAGCCAUCAAGCCUAGCCGGGAUGAUCUUUGGCAAGUGGGCACAGCCACUCCUGAAGAUGGCAGUUGCUUGGCUCAGAGUAUUGUCCGAGCAACAUGCAGGAAAACAUCCCACAGUGUAAUAAUACUAAGAAACAGAAGAUGAGUAGCGUGCCAUCAAGGCUGACAACCUGAGUUCGAUUCCUGGGACCACACUGUGGAAGCAUGAGAACCAACUGCUGAACGUUGUCCUCGGACCUACAAACACACAGGUGCUGAAGCAUGCACACCCACACAUAUACAUGCUAUGCCCAAAACAAACAAGUAAACGUGAUGAAAAUAAAUUUUGCAUUUAUGUAUGCACUAAAACUUAGGGCGAACUCAGAAAAUGAAUGGAAGAAAGGACGGGUUAGGUGGCGUGGGGGAUGGUUCAAUGGGCCAGGCGAGCCUUACCACUCAAGUCUGGAUCCCUGUAAUCCACGUUAAAAACUGAUGCAGUAACGAGUGGCUGCGAUUUCAGCAUACCCUGGUCAAGAUGAGAGAAUCCAUCCCCCAACCCAUCCAUCCCCACUCCCUACCUUAAAACUCCCAGGCCAGCUAGCUCAGCCUAUAUAACACAGCGGCAAACAGCCUAGAGCGGCUCUGCCUCGGACACGGUGGAAAGUGAGAGCAAGGACGGUGGAGAUUCACCAGCGACUGCCAGGCACAAUGGCACACGCCCUGUCAUCCCAGCACCAGUGAGAGAGGCGGGAGGAUCAGAACUUCAGAGCCAGUUGCAGCUGUCUAGCCAGUGAACUUGAAGCCAGCAGGGACUCCCCAGACCCUGCUUCAAAUGCCAAUAAACUCCAACAAACCUGUUAGAGUCUAUAGAAUGGACUUGGGAAUCACAGCAAUUGUGAGCCACCCCUAGCAUUAGAGAAAGGGGAGGGGGCUCCCUGAGAGAAAUCUCUCCAUCAUCAUCAUCAGCACCACAGGGACUUGCUAGAAAAGCAAACUCAUAGGCCCUAUUACGGGUGGCCUGUGUCCGGAGCCCCGCAGUCCGGGGCCAGUCAUUUGAGUUUUAACAAGGCCUCUAGGUGAUGGGUUAGUUUGAGACCCGCCCUGCGCUCCGGCUUCCAGAUGCAGCUGCCAUUUCCAUCACUCUCUGGACAAUCGCCUCUGCGGCUCAGUGGCACUUCAGUGCUGCGACUCAGAAGCUCCCGGACUGACCAGUGUGGUUGCUACUUAAGAGUGCCCUUUCCGGGAGCUGGCUUUGUCAGCUUCCAGCUUUGUCCGCCUAGAGAAUUAGCUGUGCUCAGGCGGGAGCCACUCAUACUGUUAGCAACAAACAGAUUAGCUGAUCAGCCAUGACUUAUUCAUGAUGAAUUAAUUGUACCUGGUUGUGCACUUCUGCUAGCUAAAUGGAGCUUUAGAGGACCCAUCUUAUUAAUGGUUCUGGUGCUAAUUGCAGACACAGAAGGAUCACUAAUUAAACGUGCAAACCGUACGCAGGACAUUUGGGGCUGCUGAGGCCACAAAAAAAAACAUCAUUUUUUAAAGGGAAACCAAAACUGACUUUAUCUUAUACACUAUUAAGGAGUUCCCUGGGCUACGUUAAUUAGUCGCAGUAACGCUUUCCAGCAGGAAUUGACUCCACACAUGGUGCCUGCACAGUGCUCUGGGAGGCUCUGUUAGGGGCACCGCGUUUGGCCCUGUGCUCUAAUUCGGUUAUACCCUCCUCUGUUUGUGAUGACCUCCCUGGCUUGCCAUUUGGGGCUACACAUAAAAUUGGUAUGAACAGGGAGCUGGUGAGAUGGCUCAGUGGUUAAGAGUGUCCCUGUGCAAUGGCGAGGAAUGGAAUUUGGGCCGCAGCACCCAUGGAACAAGCUGGCAAUCCCACAGAUACUUGUAGCUUCAGCUCUGAGGGAGCCGACAUCUUCUGGCCUCUGCCCCAGCAGGUGCGUUCGACCCCACGUGAAUGUGUACGCUCACCCAGACCCAUAACUAAACCAAAACAGACCCUGAAGAAGCUGGUGCAACUACGCCUGUCUUUUCUGGACUCCCACGCUUUCUACUGUGGGCCCUGCACCUUAGAGCGCAGUUACCAAGCAAAGGUUUAACGUGUUGAACAGUGCAAGUGGCCGCCCGCUGUGCGCCACUAUGCGGCUCGGUUGGUAGAGCACCUGCCUAGCGUGCAUGACGCCCUGUGUUGUCUCCCUAGACCACACAAAAACUGUGGUGCACGCCUGUUAUCCCAGCUGAGGCAGGAGGAUCAGGAGAGCAAGCCCAUCCUUGUCUGUGUAGUGAGUGGGAGAUCAGUGUGAAGUGGAAAUUUCUGGCUUCUUUGAAGAUUGUUUUGUCAUGUGCUGUUUUGCUGAAGGUUGGCUUGUGAGAGGGCACACGCUGUGCUGCUGUGAGCUCUCUCGUGAGAGGGGAGUGACUUUGGCCGGCUGAGAACAUCUCUCGGUGGGCUCUGAGGAGAGGAGAUAUGUAGAGGCCUACGCUCAGUGAGGUGUCGCUUUCUGGAUCGGCAUCGCUUCGCUGAUCUUCGUGCUUCGACAUUUGAUCUCAGAGAGAACCUUUCCAGAGAACUCCUCGGGCAAUCCAACUCAGUCUUGUGGCUUUCGCUGACUUGAUGUUGCAGCAUAGUGUGGGCUUUUGGACUGGACUGCUGGUAUCCUGAUGGCUGAGUCUGGCAAUCCCCUAAAAGCCCAUUAACCCUAAUUAGCAGAAAAUAGAUAAAAGAGGAUUACAGCCCUUUUUCCUACUGUAGGAAGGAGGCAAAGGUGCUUAAGAACUCUUAAAUAAAGUAGGUUUGGUGAAAAAUCUAAA